AGCCAUACUCUGCCAUACGCAAACGCCGCCCCUGGAUGUAUCACAAUGGCUUGUAGACAGUCCUUCAAGCUUUUCAGUUUGACCCAGAAUCUGAUCCGGAUGGAGAAGCACCGGAUGAAGUAGUUGCAACUCAGCGGCUACAGCAGGACGUCUCCGAAUGGCGUCAACAUUUGACUGAAACUGAAACUUACUGUGAAUCCUGGACUCCUUCAAGGUAAACAGACCGAGAAGUGCCUAAACUGCUGGAAGAAAACAUUUGCUGAAAACAUUUGACCACUGAACAAAAAUCUACAUGUGUAUUAUUCCAGUGACAUUUUGGCCUGCUAGAGAAACUCUCCUCCCUCUCAAUGGACACCUCAUUUCAAUGCCCAAUUGUUUAUUUCUUCCCAAAAGGAGAUAUUUCACUGUACCCUCUCUUGAUCUGGACUCUCUCCUGUCACUAAAAGGGAAAAUCAGUCAGGAAGGGUUGCUGGACUCAAACCUGAAAACCAAUCUUGACUUCUCUAUCCAAGCCCUGGAGGCCUUUCCUGCAUGCAAGCAGCGUAACGUCUCUCUAACACUGGAAGGAGAGCGCCACCUGGUGCAUAUCACCGCCGGGACACCUGUCCUGUCCUACAUGGUACAUCUGGGCAAAAACGGGCCACGGCUUCUCCAAAGGACCCAUCCAGAAUCUCGACUGAUGACCUCAAGCCUGGCAGAGAGCCACUUUGCUGGACAUCGCUGUCGUGAUGAGUUGGAAAGCUGCUUCAAGCAAGCUAAAAAAGCCCUGGCUAACAAAAGCCCAUCAGUUUUGGAUCACAUGGAGCUCAAGAUCACCUGUGGAGAGCUGCACCUCACGUACAGUACCCAUCAGCCCCUGCACACCCUCCACAUCCAGCCACGGCGCAGAGUUUUCUUGCACAAAACGCUGUCCCUAGAGAAGAUCCUAGAGACAAAGACACACCUGGAGAAGAGUGGAGAGAUGAGGAAAGAUCUGCUCACAUGUUUUCAGCACUUGCUACAGCACUCUAGCCAGUAUAAGGAGAAGAACACACAAAUCUUUCUUCAGGGUGAUGGGGAGAUGCUGGAGUUUGUCAUUGGUAGAAAAGAUAACCAUACAACUCAGUACUUCAUCUUCACUGAUGCCGAGAACAAAGCUCACAGCCAGCGGGUGCAGGAGGUGUGGCAGUAUGAUUAGGAAUCAUGGAACAGCUGCUUCCAUCUCUGUUAUAGAGGAGAACACCAGGCAUAUUGGGUUAUUAAUCAGGUUACUGAAGGAUGCAGAAGUAAUAUUAUAUAAUACUAACAUUAAUAAUUGUAUGUAUUUAGGGGUGUUGUCCUUACUUCCCAUGCUAGAUGGCAGAUUUCCUUCAAUGGAGAGAUGUAUAGUAUAAACCUAAUCUCUCUGUUGUAAAUUGGUUCUAUUACCUUGUUUUCAGGCGUUUAUAUAUUUAGGUAUGUUUGGUAUGUUUGAUAAAAUCAGAAAUAAUGUUAUAUUUUUAGAUUAUUUUCAGGCAUAACAAAAAAAGUGUUCAUUUAUAUUGUUUGAUAGAUACAGUAUUUUAGACAUUAAAUGAUGUACAAUACAGCUC